AUGAAGACUAUAAAGAAGGAGUCAACUCUCUCCUAGAUUUCAUACCAGAGUACUAAAGCUGAAAGAGAUAUUCUAGAGAGAAUAACUAGCCCCUUUAUAGUCAAGUUACAUUUCGCCUUCCAAACUCCAAAGAAACUAUACUUUGUAAUGGAUUUCCUAAAUGGUGGAGAGCUAUUUUAUCACUUGAAGCUUGAGGGAAGAUUCACUGAAAUGCGCACAGCUUUUUAUGCAGGGGAAAUACUGCUAGCUCUAGAGUGCCUCCACUCUAAUGGGAUUAUAUAUAGAGAUCUGAAGCCAGAAAAUGUGCUGCUUGAUUCGGAGGGGCAUAUUAAGCUGACAGACUUUGGUUUGAGCAAACAAGGAUUAAUAGGUAAUGGGAAUACAUAUACUUUUUGUGGUACUCCUGAAUAUCUGGCCCCUGAAAUUGUGAGAGGCAAGGGACAUAAUAGAUGCGUCGAUUGGUGGAGUCUGGGCUUAGUUAUCUAUGAAAUGUUGUCAGGGGUGAAUCCAUUCAAAGUGAGGAAUAAGAAUAAAUUUGAGAAGUUGCAAAUGAUAUUGGAGGACAAUAUAAUAAUGCAGCCUCAGUUUUCUGAAAAUGCUACAUCAUUAAUUCAAGGAUUAUUAUAGUAAAAGCCGAAGAACAGACUGGGAUUUAAUGGUUCAAAUGAAAUACGAAACCAUCCGUUCUUCGAUAACAUUGACUGGGACCUACUUGCUGAUAAAUAAGUGAAACCCCCAUUCAAGCCAAGAGUAAUGGGUGAAAGUGACAUUAGUAAUAUUGAUAGAGUAUUCACCCGUGAACCACCUUAAGAAACACCUGAUGAUAGCAGCUAGAAAUAUAUUAAAGAUCUUAAAUUCGACAACUUUACCUAUGUGCAAGAAAACUACUCAUUAGACGUCACACUUUGA